AUGCUCGCUCAGCAGGUGGGCCGACCAUCCAGGCAUGCUGUAGCACGACUAUUCGAUAAUAGCCGCUGCUUCGUUCUAUUGGUGCGGGUACCUCGACGACCUCGCCCUCAAUCUCUGCAGCUGCUGCAGCAGCAAGCGGCAGGAAUAUGGCAACUUGAGAAGUCUUCCUGCUCCAGAAGAGCCAUUGGCACCUCGGCCACCCACUUGCGCCGCUAUCUCAUAUCUGAAGGCCGCACCACCACCGUGUCCGCGGACUCGUCCACCACCGCCUCUUCCUCCCCUUCCAGACCAUCCUAUCCAUUCUACCUCGAAACUGGCUACUCUGUCUUCGCCAAACGGCCCUCCCGCCCGUUCCCGCCUCCUUUCGUCUCGCUGCCCUCCGGCUCGUUCUCAGACCCUCUGACAACACACAACCCUUCCUCCGUGUCUCGGGGCGCCCGCCGUCCGACCGUGAACGGGGAACUGGUGCGCGGGAUCACGAAUGGCGACGACGCGAUAAUCAUAUCUGCUGCUCGAAACUUCGUCGCCGUCAAUGACGGGGUGGGUGCCUGGGCGCAGAAAGAGAGGGGACACGCCGCCUUGUGGAGCCGACUGAUUGCGCAUUUCUGGGACGUCGAGGUCGAGAAGUCACUCGCCGGUCCAGACGGGAAGGACGCGGUGAAAUUGGGAGACGUCGACCCGGUCCAGAAUCUGCAGGAUGCCUACGACGCGACCAAGAAAGUCACCAAGGGGACGUUGAACAGGGAUCGUGAAGACGAGUUCUAUUCGGAGCCUGAAGAGGGGGAUCGCGAGCGAGCAGACAACGAAGAUGCCUCUUCUUCAUCUCCAUCGACUUUCCAAGAAAGCAAGGAUAACAAGGAUUCCACGAAAAAUGACAUUCUCGGAACGACGACGGCGGCGUCCGCGCUGCUCUAUUACAAACCGCCCUCACCACCACACACAGAACCCACGCCGGUAAUCUUCGCGACAACCCUAGGCGACUGCAAGAUCCUGCUCAUCCGCCCCUCGCAUUUCCCACCGUCUUCUUCCUCCUCUUCCUCCCCCGAAACAGAAAACGACGACGGCGCCGGGGCCCGUGGCCGCGUCCUGUAUCACUCCAAAGAACAAUGGCACUGGUUCGACUGCCCACGCCAACUGGGCACCAAUUCUCCGGAUACACCGCUCCAGAACGCCGUGUGCGACAUUAUCGACAACGUCGAAGUCGGCGACGUGGUUGCCGUCUUGAGCGACGGCGUCACGGACAACCUCUGGGAACACGAGAUCUGCGAAAACAUCUGCGAGAGCAUGUCCCGCUGGAAUAAUCACGGGUCGGGAGAAGGAGGACAGUCGCCGACAAGCCACAGGGAGGAGCAAGAGCUGGAGGAGGCCAAGAAAGACGGUGUCAUCUACGUCGCGCGACGGCUGAUGAAUGCCGCCAGGGAGAUCGCCAUGGAUCCCAACGCCGAGUCGCCGUACAUGGAGAGGGCGUUUGACGAGGGCAUAGCGGCCGAAGGGGGCAAGUUGGACGACAUCUCCGUUGUCAUCGGGGUAGUGAGGAAGACGGAGGCGUGA